CCAUUUCUGCCAGUGGGACCGAGUCAAAGAAAGCGGCCUUCUUCACUGAAAUCAAACUCAUUUGUGCCAACAUUGGAAUUCGCAAUAACGGACACUGUUUCGGAGCAGUGCUACGAAGAAGACAUACGGUCAAUGACAAGUGCUGGGACGAUGUCGCCCGUUGAACGCUCGACGAAGCGAAUCCCUUUGUCGACGCCAGUGACCAGAGUCCUGCAUUCGCUCAGUGGCUGGCCCUCAAGCUUGUACCUCGUACCGUCCACCAAAAACAGUUUGCCACAUCCGAAAGCAUAG